GAGUUCCUGUAUGGUUAUUUUUCCUCUGCUGCUGUGCCAACGAUGAUGAGCACGCAACUGGCAGAUUGACCUCAGAGACAAGCCUGGCCAACGGCGUUUCUUCCGUUCUCCAACCUUGCUGUUGAGCCAUCCAGUAGGUGGAAUGUUCCGAUGGACCUCCCCCGUGUAUCUACCCGUGCCUCCUUGCAUAAAAAGUUAACGCCCCACCUAUAUCUCCCUCACCUAUUAGCCCUCCUUCUGUUCUCUUGAACUUUCAUAGACUGCCUCCACUAUGAUUCCCCACAAUCGUCUCCACAUGCCUUCGAUCUUCUCCCCCGUAUUCCUGAAACCCCCGCGGUCAUACGGCAUCACGGCUUCUUAUGCAACCAUACGAGGCCUUCGACAGCCGUUACCAAAAUCACCUGACGUUGAUGAAAUAGACCCGUCAGAUAAUGAUUUCAUCUUGUCGAUACUACGAGCAAAUCCCUCCUUGCGUGACACCAAGUCAUAUCUUGCUUCCUUUGGACAUCGCGAACCCGAACGCGCAAAAUCUUCAGAUCUGCCUGACAUCGCCACUAUCCUUCCACCUGUUGAUCGGCGAGAAAACGAGUUACCGAAAAUUGCCGCAGAACCGUUAAAAACUAGUCACGUCAUCUCCUCAAUUUUGAAUCCUAUUUAUCGCCGGACCGCUCUUGUUAAACUUCAAGGUCCUUUCACCGACAAACAACUCGAUAGCAUCGCUAGGGGAAUGGUAUAUCUCGAGAAACUGGGCUUGGUCAGUGUCAUGGUCAUCGAACAUGACAAGCUGGCCAGAGGGGAUGAAGGUGAACGAGCUACUAUUAUCGAAGAAACUAUGCGUGUCGUCGGCGUCCUAGAGGCUCAUGGCGCGAAAGCACGCCCGGUAUUAGGCACUGUCGUCCGACUUGGUCCGAUGCCUUGCGGUCAUCAAGAUUCCACUUCUCAUGACGUGCCAUCUCCGGAAGCUCAUGUCUUUCCACCUGAUUUGGUGCCAAUCCGUUCGUCCCUCCGUGCUGGUGAAAUUCCAGUUCUUCCACCUUUCGCCCUGGAUUCUUUCUGUCGUUCCGUGCGGAUAGAUGCCAAUGACGUGAUCGCCGCCCUCGUACGCGGUAUGGUCCAGGCGGCUGAGCUUGACGGCAGCCUUCAGGGCAGACAGCCUCGUGACCCGCAUGCAGACUACUCAGAAGACAUUAACCUCAUCCCUUUAAGGCUCAUGAUCAUUAAUCGCGAGGGUGGAGUGCCAUCGUAUGCGCGUUCCGGAUACCCCCAUCUUCUUAUAAACCUUUCGUCGGAAUACGACUUCAUCCGAGACACGUUCGAACCUUCCUGGUUGAAGGAGAGACCGUCAGCUCUUUCGAAUUUAGCACUUGCCCGAAUGUGCUUGUCUUACAUGCCACCCACGUCUUCGGCUAUCAUGGUUUCACAUCGUUCCCCCAGCUCUCUCAUAGCAAAUCUUGUUACGAACAAACCAGCUGUUUCAUCCAGCCUACCUCACGCCCUACUGCAAGGCAACCGAAAACUCACGCCUGAAACCCCAACCCUAAUACGUCGUGGUCAGCCCAUACAAGUCAUCCGCAAUCUUGCUAAUGUCAAUAGGAAAAAACUUACUCAUCUCCUGGAAACUUCAUUCGGGCGGACGCUGGAUGUAGCACCAUUCUACACACGCCUGGAGAAGUACCUCGACUUCGUCAUCGUAGCUGGAGAUUAUGUUGGAGCAGCCAUCGUUACGAACGAGCCUGGUCCUGGUCAAGGUUUUCCGCCAAUAUCCUACCUGGACAAGUUCGCCGUUUUACCGAGCCAUCAGGGGGAUGGCACAGUAGAUUUCCUAUGGGUUGCUCUGCACGAUGAGACUUAUGGUCUGGGACACCCAUUCUCCGUUAAUCCCAAUGGCGGAAAGCAAGGCAAAGGCGAAGGUCGGGAUUUAGUUUGGCGCAGCCGUGCGGAUAACAAAAUCAAUAAGUGGUACUUUGAUCGAAGCUCCGGACACAUACGCUUGGGUUCCUGGGUCCUUUUUUGGUGUGACGCCGAGAAGAGACUUAAGCGGGAGGAAAGUCAACGUGCUGACUCCGGGUUGUCAUACGUUGAAAGCUGGGAAGCUGAGAGGUUAGAACAGUGGGCAGACGUUGUCACCAAACUCCCAUCUGCAUGGAAAUAACAUGGGUAUAUUUCUGGCUGAUUUCUGGUAUAGUGUAUCUAUCGAGUGGGUAGAGUAAUGUGUAUACCAGGGGUGAUGCCACUGUCCCAUCCAGUACAGCUGUACCCGGGUUCCACUCCGCAUUUC